UAUAAAAAGUCGAAGAAGACAAACGUCGAAGGUCGGUCGCGUCCUGAUGGCGUAGUAAAUCGCCGAUUUUGGUUAGAAUAAAAUAACACCUUAUACUUUGAGAUUAUUAUAUUACAGUAAUAGUAGAUAGUGGCUGUUCUGGUCCACACUGUAGUCUAGAAGGUGACGGUAGCGCAAUUAAAAAUGUUUGUCAACCGCCAUUGAACAACCGAAGAAGAAAAAAAAGCCUCACCGAUUGAAUGGCCAUAAAUGUCAGCUUUUACUAAAUUAUACAUUGUCAGAAUAUCCAUACUUUAAAGUUACGUUAAAGUGUAACAUUUCAAAUCAAAGACAGAAGCCAACGGGAUGGCAUCAGAGGAUGAAGCUAAUUUGUUGGUCAUCGUCAUUGAUGUAAAUCCCAUAUGGUGGGGGCAGCAGGCUCAACGUGAGCCACAGUUUACCCUGUCGAAGUGUGUGGACGCAGUCCUGGUGAUGGGGAACUCCUACAUGGCCAUGGCCAGGACAAACAAGCUGGCUGUCAUUGCCAGCCACUGUCAGGACAGUCACUUCUUGUAUCCCAAUAAGACCUGGAGAGCCGGGGACAGUGGUGGGGAUGACGCACCCUCCAGCGGAGAUGGAAAAUAUGAACUCCUGUCAGUUGCCAAUAACCUUAUUGCUGAUGAGAUCAGGAAUGUUAUGUCACAAACUGAAGUGAGGGGGAAUUCAACAGAUACUUUGUUGGCUGGAUCCCUUGCCAAAGCUCUCUGCUAUAUUCACAGGGUCUCAAAAGAGCUGGAAGUUGGACAGGAGAUGAAAUCAAGAAUAUUAGUGAUAAAAGCAGCUGAGGACUGUGCCCUCCAGUACAUGAACUUCAUGAAUGUGAUUUUUGCUGCCCAGAAGCAGAACAUCCUGAUAGACGCCUGUGUGUUGGACUCAGACUCAGGUCUCCUUCAGCAGGCGUGUGAUAUAACUGGAGGAUUGUACCUCAAGAUACCACACAAGGUUGCCCUGACACAAUACCUUUUGUGGGUGUUCCUGCCCGACACCGAGGAGCGUUCACAGCUGGUGCUGCCGCCGCCGGCACACGUGGACUACAGAGCUGCAUGUUUCUGCCAUCGUAAUCUCAUUGAGAUUGGUUAUGUCUGCUCAGUUUGUCUAUCAAUAUUCUGCAACUUCAGCCCCAUCUGCACAACUUGCGAGACUGCCUUCAAAAUCAAACUACCACAGAUGGUUAAGCCCAAAAAGAAGAAACUCAAGCAAACUACAUGAUUUAUUUUUUUCCAUGUAAUUUCACUAAUAUUGCCAGUUUAGUUUUUGUCAUAUUUAGAUAAACCAUUUUGUUUAUUAUAGAUUCAUAACAAGCUUUGGUGACAUCCCAGAAAUGCCUGUUGAUGUGAUUAGCUUGAUGGUGGAGGCUGAUACUUCACUGUUUUAUUUAAUUUUAUUUUCUUGAAUAAUUUACUCAAGAUGUAAAUUAUUGCUUUUUGGGGGAAAAUUUAACUUUCUUCAUUUUUGUGAU